AAACCCUCAGUGAAGUAGAAGAGAGCUGUAGCGCACAGAGAGACGGGGAAAAACUUAUGUUAGAGCUAUUAGGAUUUUUUUUUUCUUUUUAUAUACAUUAUUCGUUACAUCCAUUUGACAUUUUGUGUCUGUCUGUUUUACCUCAUACUGUCUGGAUUGCACUUGUGACAGCACUGAAUGGGAGAAAGCGAAACAAGGAGAGCCGGAGACAUCCGCGGGGAGCAGACUACGCUGUACGCGGAGAAGAGACCAGGGAUUACCUCCUGCACGGGGAACUUUUGGAGUAAGGACGCAAAGGGAGUGGGUCGUUUCAUCAUAUACCUUGCGCUUUCUCUUCUGUGGAAAGAAUAUGGCACGGUCAGUGCUGGAGAGAGGAGCACAAGCGGCACAGGCGAGACGAAACAGGAGCUGAAGGACAGGAUGCCAGCGACCUGAGCCCGCUCUCCGACCAGUGCCAACUUCGUUAAAAGAAACGCUUCUGCUUUAUUUGUCGAUUUAAGAGGAGGAAAGAAGAAUACUUACCAAAAAGUCUUUGGAGGAGUUUAAUUUUGAGGUUUUUGUAACUUGUAAUUUUAUUUUUAUUUUUUUUGUGAUAAAACAAGGAUGCAUUGUGGAUUAGUCUUUAUCCUGUUCAGUGGAAUCCUCUUGGUGGUCAAGGCUUUCAAAAACGAUAAAUGUGGAGGCAACAUCAGAAUCUCAGCUGCCAACUACCUCACCUCGCCUGGAUACCCCGUUUCUUAUCCCCCUUCUCAGAGAUGCAUUUGGGUGAUAUCGGCACCUGGUCCUCACCAACGGAUUCUCAUCAACUUCAAUCCACAUUUUGAUUUGGAGGACCGGGAGUGCAAAUAUGACUACGUGGAGGUGCGGGAUGGUGUGGAUGAGAGCGGUCAGCUGGUGGGGAAGUACUGUGGAAAAAUUGCCCCUUCUCCAGUCGUCUCCUCUGGAAACCAGCUUUUCAUCAAGUUUGUGUCUGACUAUGAGACCCAUGGAGCAGGUUUCUCCAUCCGAUACGAGAUCUUCAAGACAGGUCCCGAGUGCUCCAAGAACUUCACAUCCAGCAGCGGUGUUAUAAAGUCACCUGGUUUCCCAGAGAAGUACCCCAACAAUCUGGAUUGCACUUUCAUGAUAUUUGCCCCAAAGAUGUCAGAGAUCAUUUUGGAGUUCGAGAGUUUUGAGCUAGAACCAGACCAAACGCCUCCCACUGGUGUGUUUUGCCGUUAUGACAGACUGGAGAUUUGGGACGGCUUCCCAGGAGUCGGUCCAUACAUUGGGAGGUACUGUGGGCAGAACACUCCGGGCAGGAUCAUCUCCUACACAGGCAUCUUGGCACUGACAAUCAACACUGACAGCGCCAUUGCUAAGGAAGGCUUUUCUGCUAACUUUACCAUCAUCGAAAGGACUGUUCCAGAGGAUUUUGACUGUAGUGACCCUUUGGGGAUGGAAUCCGGAGAGAUAACAUCAGACCAAAUCAUGUCUUCCUCCCAGUACAAUCCAAGUUGGUCCCCAGAGCGCUCCAGACUCAACUAUUAUGAAAAUGCAUGGACACCAGCGGAAGACUCAAACAAAGAGUGGAUACAGGUGGAUCUUGGGUUCUUGCGGUUUGUCUCAGCCAUCAGUACCCAAGGCGCCAUCUCCCAGGAGACCCAGAGAAUUUAUUUUGUCAGGUCCUACAAAGUGGACGUCAGCUCUAAUGGAGAGGACUGGAUCACAUUGAAGGAAGGAUCCAAACAAAAGGUUUUCCAAGGCAAUACCAACCCAACAGAUGUUGCCAAGACAAUGCUGCCCAAACCCACGCUGACACGCUUCGUCCGGAUCCGUCCUGUUACCUGGGAAACAGGCAUUGCACUGCGCUUCGAGGUGUAUGGUUGCAAGAUAUCAGAGUACCCAUGCUCAGGCAUGCUUGGCAUGGUGUCAGGCUUCAUCACUGACAACCAUAUCACUGCGUCCUCCCAUACGGACCGGAGCUGGGUACCAGAAAAUGCCCGCCUGCUGACCAGCAGGACUGGGUGGACUCUGCUGCCCCAGCCCCAGCCCUUCACUAACGAGUGGCUGCAGGUGGAUCUUGGUGAGGAGAAACUCAUAAAGGGGUUGAUCAUCCAGGGAGGGAAGCACCGUGAGAACAAAGUCUUCAUGAAGAAGUUCCGCCUUGGCUAUAGCAACAAUGGCUCUGACUGGAGGAUGAUACUGGAUGCCAAUGGGAACAAGCCAAAAAUAUUUGAAGGGAAUAGCAAUUAUGACACUCCUGAGCUUAGGACACUGGAGCCCCUGCUGACCCGUUUCAUCAGAGUUUACCCAGAGAGGGCCACUCCUGCUGGCAUGGGCUUGCGACUUGAACUCAUUGGCUGUGAGAUUAAAGCUCCUACACACCCACCCACUACACUAGCUCCAAGCACUACUCUGUCCGAUGAGUGUGACGACGACCAGGCGAGCUGCCACAGCGGCACAGGUGAUGACUACGAUGUGACAGGUGGUCCCACGAUGCCAGAGACCACUACUGUUGAAGCUGAUACUGUACCAGCUUUUCUGUGGUUUGCCUGUGACUUUGGAUGGGCCAAUGACCCGUCCUUUUGCAGCUGGACAUCUGAGGAGACUGGCUCUAAGUGGCAGAUCCAGUCUAGUGGCACCCCCACUCUCAACACUGGACCCAACAUGGAUCACACGGGUGGCUCAGGGAAUUUCAUCUACACCUUGGCAACAGGUUCCCAAGAGACAGAUGUGGCUCGACUGGUCAGCCCAGUGAUCAGCUCCCCAGACUCUGACCUGUGUGUGUCCUUUUGGUACCACAUGUUCGGGUCACACAUUGGCACACUGCAUAUCAAACAGCGCAAACAGACAGUGGAGGGACCAGUAGACAUUCUGCUGUGGACAGUCAGUGGUCACCAAGGCAACCGUUGGAGAGAAGGUCGUGUUCCUGUGCCACGCACCAACAAACCCUAUCAGGUGGUGAUUGAAGGCCUUGUGGAAAGAAAAAGCUGGGGAGACAUUGCUGUGGAUGACAUUAAGGUUCUCAAUGAGGUCAGCAUGACAGACUGUAAAGAUCCUGAUGUACCCACUGAACCAAUACUACCAGAGGAUCGCUUCAAUGAAAUCCUUGAGGAAAUCACAGAAUAUCCAGUCUUUGUGGAGGCCAAUGAAAUUAGUGGAGCAGGCAACAUGCUGAAGACCCUUGAUCCCAUCCUCAUCACUAUCAUUGCCAUGUCUGCCCUGGGGGUCUUCCUGGGUGCCAUCUGUGGUGUGGUUUUGUACUGUGCCUGCUCACAUGGAGGCAUGUCAGACAGGAACUUAUCAGCCCUGGAGAACUAUAACUUUGAACUAGUGGAUGGCGUCAAACUAAAGAAGGAUAAGUUCAAUGUACAGAGCUCAUACUCAGAGGCUUGAGAUGGAACUGACUGCAUUGGCGUGACGGUAUGACGUGCAGAGCUCACAGAAUGUGCACAAGACUAGCUGUAGGCAUAUCCUAUUGUACAGAGCUCAAGGGAUUGCCAACACUCAACUCACUGGAUGAGGGACAACGUCAGGACCCAGUGGGAGGUUUGGACUGAUCCUUGCUUUUCUCAGGAGCUGCAGUAAAAGAACCUACAAGUAGGGGACACUGUGUACAAAUAAAAUACAGAAAAAAUGUGUACAGCUGAGUUAGAUUAUAUUUAAAUUUUCUAUUAUGAUUUACAUUCAUUUUUACAAUCAGAUGCUGGUGUUGAGACCAAUUUAAUAAUAAUGUUCAAAAUAUUUAUAAUUUUCUGGGGGGAAAUGGUUUUUGAAGGCUGUUGUUUAUUUUCAAACAAUGUAUCAAAAUUCUAAAUGAACCAUAUCUGGCAAAACUAUGGUGUGCCAUACAGGGUGUGCCCAUAAACAUGUACCCCUUCCCUUCCAGCCCCUAUCACUCUGAAGUGAAGGUACCAUUCAUGGAAAUGUAUGGUUCUGACAGUGCCUUUAGUACAUUUUGGUUGGUCUUCAUUGUUGAUCUGGGUGUUAUGUUUUGUUUCUGUUUUUGUUUUUACUUUACUUGGCUUAAAAUAUGAUGACAGGAAACAGGGACACAUCAUCUUAUAAAUACCUGCAAAACAGGAAAACACUCUAUCACAGCGCUUUGUUUUUUGUUGUUGUUGUUGUUUUCUGUCCAAAAACCACACACUGUAAAUAAGUUUUAAUAUAUUUUAUUGUCCUUUUUAAAGAAAGUAAAAAAGAAAAAAGCUGCAGUAUCCCUUUUUUCAUGGUUUAUGUGUGUAUAUAUACAGUGUCUGACUGUUCAGUGGAAGGUGCCAUGUUAUGGUUUUAAUUUUAGGUUACAUUGCUCAGACAAGUACGAUUUGAGUGAUGCUGAUGCUACAGCAAUUCCAAUGUUUAUUCAAGUCAUCUCUCAUCAAAACAUCCACACAAAACCACCGAAGAGCAAAUGAGU